CCAGUCCUAGCGACUUGCCCCCGCGGUCCGGGCCGAGGUCCCAGGUCCCGGCCCGGCGCCAUGGAGCGGCGUUGGGCCCCGGGGCUCAGGCUGCUGCUGCUGCUCUGCGCCCUGCUGCCCCCGGGGGCGCGCGCCAAGGAAGUCACUCUGAUGGACACUAGCACAGCGCAGGGAGAGCUGGGCUGGCUGCUGGAUCCCCCAGAGGAUGGGUGGAGUGAGGUGCAGCAGAUACUGAAUGGGAAACCCCUCUACAUGUACCAGGACUGCCCAGUGCAAGAGGGCAGAGACACUGACCACUGGCUUCGCUCCAAUUGGAUCUACCGGGGGGAAGAAGCCUCGCGUGUCCACGUGGAGCUGCAGUUCACCGUGCGGGACUGCAAGAGUUUCCCCGGGGAAGCCGGGCCUCUGGGCUGCAAGGAGACCUUCAACCUCCUGUACAUGGAGAGUGACCAGGACGUGGGCGUUCAGCUCCGGCGGCCCUUGUUCCAGAAGGUCACCACGGUGGCUGCAGACCAGAGCUUCACCGUUCGAGACCUCGCAUCUGGGGCCGUGAAGCUGAACGUGGAGCGCUGCUCCUUGGGCCACCUGACCCGCCGAGGCCUCUACCUUGCCUUCCAUAACCCCGGUGCCUGUGUGGCCCUGGUGUCUGUCCGGGUGUUCUACCAGCGUUGUCCAGAGGCUGUGCAUGGCUUGGCCCGAUUCCCAGACACUCUCCCCGGACCCGGCGGGUUGGUGGAAGUGGCGGGGACCUGCUUGCCCCAUGCCCAGGUCAUCCCUGGCCCCUCCAGUGCGCCCCGCAUGCACUGCAGCCCGGAUGGCGAGUGGUUGGUGCCCGUGGGGCGGUGCCACUGUGAGCCUGGCUAUGAGGAAGGCAGCGGCGGCGCUGAGGGAUGCCUUGCCUGCCCAAGUGGCUCCUACCGGCCUGAUGUGGACACACCCCACUGUCUCAAGUGCCCCCAGCACAGCACAGCCGCGUCUGAAGGAGCCACUGUCUGUACCUGCGAGGGGGGGCACUACCGAGCCCCCGGGGAGGGCCCCCAGGCAGCCUGCACACGACCCCCCUCGGUCCCCCGAAACCUGAGCUUCUCUGUUUCGGGGACCCAGCUCUCCCUGCACUGGGAACCCCCAGCAGACAUGGGGGGGCGCCAGGAUGUCAGAUACAACGUGAGGUGUUCCCAGUGUCAGGGAGCAGCGCUGGACGAGGGGCCCUGCCAGCCCUGUGGGGGAAGCGUGCGCUUCUCCCCGGGGCCCAGUGGGCUCACCACGCCUGCGGUGUGUGUGGACGGCCUCGAACCCUACGCCAACUACACCUUUAACGUCGAAGCCCAGAAUGGAGUGUCAGGGCUGACCGCCUCCAUGCACACCAGCGUCUCCAUGAGCAUCAGCAUGGGGCAUGCAGAGUCCCUGUCAGGCCUGUCCCUGAGGCUGGUGAAGAAGGCGCCGCGGCAGCUGGAGCUGACCUGGGCAGGGUCCUGGCCUCGCAGCCCUGGGGGGAACCUCAGCUACGAGCUGCACGUGCUGAACCAGAACGAAGAACGGUACCAGAUGGUUCUAGAACCCAGGGUCCUGCUGACCGAACUGCAGCCAGACACCACGUACAUCGUCAGAGUCCGGAUGUUGACCCCUCUGGGCCCUGGCCCCUUCUCCCCUGACCAUGAGUUUCGGACCAGCCCACCAGUUUCCAGGGUCCUGACCGGAGGAGAGAUUGUGGCCAUCGUCUUUGGGCUGCUGUUGGGCGUAGCUCUGCUGCUCGGGGUUCUUGUCUUCCGUUCCAGGAAAUCUCAGCAGCAACGACAACACCAGAGGCAGCAGAGGCAGCGUGAUCGUGUCACUGAUGGGGACAGGGAGGAUAAGCUGUGGCUGAAGCCUUACGUGGACCUCCAGGCCUAUGAGGACCCUGCCCAGGGAGCCCUGGACUUCACCCAGGAGCUGGAUCCAGCCUGGCUGGUUGUGGACACCGUCAUAGGAGAGGGAGAGUUUGGGGAAGUGUAUCGAGGGUCCCUGAGAAACCCCAGCCAGGACUCCAAGACUGUGGCCAUCAAGACCUUGAAAGACACCUCUCCAGAUGGCCAGUGGUGGAACUUCCUUCGAGAGGCUACAAUCAUGGGCCAGUUCAACCACCCACACAUUCUGCACCUGGAAGGCGUUGUCACAAAGCGAAAGCCCAUUAUGAUCAUCACGGAGUUUAUGGAGAACGGAGCUCUGGAUGCUUUCCUGAGGGAACGAGAGGACCAGCUAGUCCCUGGGCAGCUGGUGGCCAUGCUGCAGGGCAUAGCAUCCGGCAUGAACUACCUCAGUGACCACAGUUAUGUCCACCGGGACCUGGCCGCCAGGAACAUCUUGGUGAAUCAGAACCUGUGCUGCAAGGUGUCUGACUUUGGCCUGACCCGCCUGUUGGACAACUUUGAUGGCACCUAUGAAACCCAGGGAGGCAAGAUCCCCAUCCGCUGGACAGCCCCCGAAGCCAUUGCCCACCGGAUCUUCACCACCGCCAGCGAUGUGUGGAGCUUUGGCAUCGUGAUGUGGGAGGUGCUCAGCUUUGGGGACAAGCCCUACGGGGAGAUGAGCAAUCAGGAGGUAAUGAAGAGCAUUGAGGAUGGGUACCGGCUGCCCCCGCCCGUGGACUGCCCUGCGCCCCUGUAUGAACUCAUGAAGAACUGCUGGGCCUAUGAGCGAGCCCGGCGGCCCCCCUUCCAUCGCCUGAAGGCACAGCUAGAGCAUUUGCAUGCCAACCCGCACUCCCUGCGGACCAUUGCCAAUUUUGAUCCCAGGGUGACCCUGCGCCUGCCCAGCUUGAGUGGCUCGGACGGGAUCCCCUACCGAAGCGUGGCUGAGUGGCUGGAGUCCAUCCGAAUGAAACGCUACAUCCUGCACUUCCGCUCGGCCGGGCUGGACACCAUGGAGUGUGUGCUGGAGCUGACGGCCGAGGACCUGACGCAGAUGGGAAUCACGCUGCCGGGACACCAGAAGCGCAUUCUUUGCAGUAUUCAGGGGUUCAAAGACUGAGCCCGCCCUCACCCACCCUGUCCUCAGGGAGCAAGGAUGGUCAUGCAUCAGGCCCCUUCCCUCGACCUGCCAGCGGCAGGCCUUCGGUGCUGCUCCUGCCCACCCGUCGCCCAGGAGCGCCUCUGGAGCCUUCUCAGGAAUCUCUUUGUUUUAAAAAGGGAGGUGGGGAGUUCCAGGUGUGGCUCAGCGGGUUAAGGACCCGACAUCAUCU